AUGUUAACUAUUUCAAAACUUAACUUAAAAACAAUCUUUUUCAUUUUAAUACUUUCAACUGCUAUUGCUUACCCUUUAUUGAAAAGAGAUACCAUUAAACUAGGUAAUACUGGUUGGUAUUUCGAUUUAACUCCAACAGAUGUCUCAAAUUGGGCAGGUACCGUCAAAACCAUUUGUACUGAUGCAGAUCCAUUACUUUGUUUGGGUGAAUCUGUUGUUGCUACUGUGCUAACUGGUAUUAUGGCAAUUGGUAAUGGUACCCCGCCAACAGACGUUACACCAACCGUUACCACUGUUACUAUUAAUGCUGCUACAACUGAAACUGAAGCUGUAGCUACUACAUCUUCUUCGUCGUCCUCUACUGACAAUGGACCUGUUGUCGAUGGAAUUAUUUCUGAUGGUAUUGAUAUUGUCAAAGAUGUAGCUAAAAUCCUGAACGAUGCUGGUAUAACUCUAUUAGGGUUAUAUAAUCCAACUGUUGCUGAUUUGGUGACGAGCGGUGAAAGUUUAAUUGGCGGUAUCAUUCAUUUUGAGACUAAUGUUGGUAGUCAUAUUGCUGCCCAAAUUGGUGCAACGAAUUUUACUAAAUUAGCAGAAGAAAUUUCUAGUGUUGUCCCAGGUGUACCAGCAUUUCAAGAAGCUGAAGAAGGUAUCGAAAAUGUUGUCAAUUGGAUUUCCUAUGUUGUGAAGAAAGGGGAAACUGAUGUCAGUGAGAUUAUUAACGAAUUAGAAAACUUCGACGUUACUAAAUUAGUCACAAGAGUAUCAAACUUCAUUAAGGAUGUUGAAGAUUAUAAAUUUUGUUUAUCACCAAGUACUUUAACUAAUGGAACAUACGGUCGAGCAACACAUUUAUUUGGUGAAGUUUAUUUUAAUUCAUAUGGGGUGUUAGAACUUGAAUGUCAAUGA